CAGAGGGACUUUCCACAACCUUCACCUUUCUGAGGAACCUGUCCACUGCUCCUUCCUCAUUUUACAGACGAUUUAUUAGUCUGACCAGUUGGACUUUUCUCCAGUUUGUUGCUGUGAAGAAGCUUCAGAGAUCACGAUGGACCAGGCUGACAGAGAAGACCCUCCCCAGGACGUAAGGAGUCAUGCAGGCAGUGAUGUGGGCCUUUUAAACCCUUCUGCACCCAGAAGGAGCUCCAACAGCCGGGCCUUUAAGAUUGCCGGCCUGACCACGCUGGCGUGUCUGCUGCUGGCCAGCCAGGUCUUCACUGCCUACAUGGUGUUCGGCCAGAAGCAGCAGAUCAACUCUCUGGAGAGGGACUCCGAGAAAAUGGCGAAGCAGCUGACCCGCUCCUCCCAAGCUGUGGGCUCAAUGAGGAUGCCCAUCAAGAACAUGCCUCUGAUGAUGGAUCUGACUCUGGAUGCCGACGACGACACAGCAGCGAAGACGCCCAUGACCAAACUUCAGGACACGACUAUUGUCAGUUUGGAGAAGCAGCUGACGGAUCUCCUGCAGGAUCCCCAACUGCCACAGUUCAAUGACACCUUCGGGCCCAACCUGCAGAGCCUGAAGGAGCAGAUGAAUGACAGCGAGUGGAAGGGCUUUGAGUCCUGGCUGCGUCACUGGCUCAUCUUCCAGUUGGCCCAGCAGAUGCCUGCAGCCCCCACCUCUCUGCCAGCUUCUAAGACCAAGAGCAAAUGCCAGUUGGAGGCGACACAUGGGAAGAUCGGUGCCUACAAGCCCAAGUGUGACCAGAGCGGCCGCUACCUGCCCAUGCAGUGCUGGUCCUCCAUUGGCUUCUGCUGGUGUGUGGAUGUCAACGGCACCCCCAUCCCGGGCACCAACAUCCGCGGACACCCCGACUGCCCAAAUGCUCUUCGCAGUAGUAAGUUCGCUCCCAUGAUGAUUCCUGAGGCCCUCAGCACUGAUGGUCAGUGAAACCAAUGAAGCAAAGUCCGCAGCAAAGGGUUUCUUCUCCUCACGCAAUCAUAACAGACACAGACACGACGGCUCGGCCGUUUAAAGCUGGAUCUGGCUCUGCUACGGACAGCAUAGUUUAAACACCUGAUCGCUUCUCCUUCCAUGUAAUCUCUGGGUUUCCUCUGCUUCUCCUUCUGCUUGAAAUUAAACCAAAGGCCUGCUGCUGUGUUAGGAUGUGAAACUUAGUUGAUUUUCUCUGAUUUAUUUUGGGGGUUUCUCAUUGACAAUUUAACUUAGGUAUUCAUAUAAUCUGUAGCAAAUAAAAGUACAUGUGUUUUGAAAAAUGUUUAAAUAGUCGGAUCACUCGGAUAAACCAAAAAAUAACACCUUCUCUCAAUGUCCUUUACCAUCGUCCAGUCAUUGAGGUCACUCUGGUUUAAGAUGUCUGCCUCUCACCACUUACAUAAUGUGUUUGUUUAAAGGAGCUUACAGUAAUAAAAAUUCACAUUAAAGAAAUAAGACUCAAUGUCCCCUGUUACUGUGAUUAUCUGUAGACUUCACAUGUGAAAGUUGUCACUGGCACCAAUUCCAAUUAAAGUAGUUUCAAUAAAACUGGCUGUAAUUGACUGAUCCAACCUGUUUAAUGAUGUUCACAUCAGAGUGUGGAUACCUGACCCGACGGGACGGGUGGAGUUAGGACAAAAAAACGUAGAUUGAUAUUUGGGUCACCUUGUGUUUGGACAGAAAAGAAACUGAAAGCCUUUCGGAUAGUGCACAUAUGAGACAUUGACCUUUAUAUGAAGAUGUGUGUGUUAAGAAUGCUGAAUAAAGUUCUCCUAAUUUCACUGUC